AUGGUGUUGCCGUUAGCUGCGCGGCAGCACUUCUUGGAGCACGGCUACGCCAUUGUUCCAAAUGUGCUUUCCAACUCCGUGGUGGAGCGCAUCCGAUCUGGGGCCUUGACGUCCACCACGGCGCGCCGCCGCUCCUUCGCGCACCUGCCCAACAUCCACUCCCUCUUGAAGUCUAAGCCCAAGUACACAGACCCCUUUUACGACGGUCUGAUGCCGCACCUGCAGAAGCGGCAGUAUAUCCUACGCUACUACCGUGACAUGAGGCGGCAUAAGCGGCGGCUGCGGCGUGCGGCGAAGGCCUUUCUUAAUGGCCGCGAUGUCUCGGAGCUCAGCAGGGAGGAGAUGUGGAAGCUGAGCGAAAUGGUCUCCGCGGAGGCGCAGAAGAUGUCAGGCAGAGGCUGUACGAGCACAGUCAAGACAGACCCGCAGAUGCUCAUGGCGAUCGACCAGUACCGCGCUAAUGCAUGGAUGACAAGCCCACAGCUAGAGGCGGUAAUUCGUGACACGGAGGAGUUUGUGAAGCCGCUCUCGCAGCUGGCAGAGCUUGUGGGUGGUGUGGCACGUCCCGUCAUAUUUGGUGAUGUACCCCUGUUGCGCGAGGCGUACGGCAACCCUGUUGGCUACCACUGCCUUGCUCCUACGAUUGGCACCCGCACGAACGCACGCGUCAGUAAGGGUGGCGGUGAGGCGACAGCGGUCUCGAUGGUGCUCUUCACUUACACCCCCACUCCUCUGUGUCUCCCGCCCUUUGUAAUGCGCCACUCCCAACGCGUGGUACGCCGCCAGUACCUUCACUCAGUGCGUCCCGAGCGAUUGUGGCGCCCCUUUGCCCCCAUGGAGGCUGACAUACGCGAUCAACUGCGCCGCUUUCGAUUUGAUUCAUCGGUGGUAGGCCAAUCGCUCCUCGCAGGAGCGGCCACGUCAGGCGGUACCGCGACGACCCCCAUAAUUGGCCCGGGAACCGUCAUGGUGGUCGAUCCCCACUUGAUGAUGGCGUUCGGGAGCAACAUGACGCCCCAGAGCGAGGUCGUUUACCGCAUCAACGUGGUAGCAGAGAACGCGCGCCCGCAUCUUAUGGCACCAUCGUGGAUUCGCGGGUGGCGCACAAUGCCGCAAGAGGUCCAUUUUGCAUCCCCUGUUGUCUUUCCGCCGCUUUACGUCGAAUGA